AUGAGAAGGCGCCCUUUGCUACAGAAGGCGGCUUCUGGAUAUCUACGCUUCAUCGGAUCUCUCCGCACCAAACAAACGCCACCGUCUUCCCCACCUCUCCCGUCCCCGGUCCGGUCCACCAACCGCCUCCAGGCCGCAACCAUGCACGGCCGCCGCCAUCUGGCGGCCUCCCUGGCGAGAGCCCUGUCCCAGGCCCCCUCCCGCUCCAUCUCCUCCACCCCGUCCCUCCUCCAAACCCUCGACCCGACCCCGCAGUCCCCUCCCCUCGCCGCGCCCGCGGCGGGGCGGCUCGCGGAGAUGCGGAGGCGGCUGCAGGCGGAGACGCCGUCGCUGGGGGACUUCGCGUACUCGGUGGAGGUGGGGACGCGGAAGAAGCCGCUGCCCAAGCCCAAGUGGAUGAAGGAGACGAUCCCCGGCGGGGCCAAGUACGCGGCCAUCAAGGCCAAGCUGCGGGAGCUGAAGCUGCACACUGUCUGCGAGGAGGCGCGCUGCCCCAACCUCGGCGAGUGCUGGUCGGGCGGCGAGACCGGCACCGCCACUGCCACCAUCAUGAUCCUCGGUGACACCUGCACGCGUGGAUGCAGAUUUUGCAAUGUCAAGACAUCACGAACCCCUCCUCCACCAGAUCCUAAUGAGCCUGCCAAUGUUGCGCAAGCUAUUGCAUCGUGGGGCCUUGAAUAUAUAGUCAUCACAAGUGUGGACCGGGAUGAUUUACCUGAUCAGGGGAGCGGCCAUUUUGCUGAAACAGUACAGAGGUUGAAGACUUUAAAGCCAGAUAUGCUUAUUGAAGCGCUUGUGCCUGAUUUCCAAGGAGAUCGAAGUUGUGUAGAAAAGGUAGCAACUUCCGGGUUGCAUGUUUUUGCACACAAUAUUGAAACGGUGGAAGAGCUUCAAAGAAGUGUGCGAGACCACCGUGCAAAUUUUAAGCAAUCAAUGGAUGUUCUGAAAAUGGCGAAGGAGUAUGCCCCUCCUGGCACCCUCACAAAGACAUCAGUCAUGCUGGGUUGUGGGGAGACUCCCGAUCAGGUUAUCAGCACAAUGGAAAAGGUGCGAGCUGCUGGUGUUGAUGUCAUUACAUUUGGUCAGUACAUGAGGCCGUCAAAGCGACAUAUGCCAGUGUCUGAGUAUAUUACACCUGAAGCCUUCGAGAACUACCGCGCCCUUGGUGUUGAAAUGGGAUUUCGUUAUGUUGCAUCUGGUCCGAUGGUUCGGUCCUCCUACAAAGCAGGCGAAUUCUACAUCAAAGCCAUGAUCGAAGAUGACCGAGCAAAAUCAGGUGCUGUUGCAGAAUCAAGUUCAUAG